AUGGAUACCGGAUCAAUACCAGACUUACCUGCCGCCAUCUUCGAGGCCGGCCACUUUGGCGCGGUUCCCCACCCGCCCAUUACCUCUCUUAACUCGUGGGCUCAUGAGCUUCGGAGCCGGGCAAAAGCACUCGCCAAGAGCAGCGAUCCUCAUGCGUGCUGGAGAGAGGGCUUUGCCUGCACAAAAUACUCUGGCGCCCGCGAGUGCCCAGUCCUGAGCACUCUCCAGCCCUCCGCCCGCCACCGUCACUUUGAGGAACAGCUGCUGGACCGCUAUCGCAGUAAUCCGAAGUCUUUCCAGACAAAGAGGCUCCACGCUCCGUCCGAGACACGGGUCAGCGCCCGCCGUUUACACACCCGCAGCAGAUACUACCCCAACGAGCUCGAUAACGACGUUGCCCUUGCCCGCAGCGGUGUUCCUCUACCCGGCGAACGCAACCACCAGCGCCGUCCCUCGUUUGAACGACAGGACGCCUUUUACGACCAGUCUACUUCCAAGGGAAAGAUUCGCGUACGACGUCCCACCUCUGACGAUGCCCAGGUGGCCGAACUCUACCACAAGGGUCUUCUCUAUAACAGUGCUGAGGAUGUCAAGAGCACCUUUGAUCUGAACAGUAUCCGCCAUAGCGAACCCACCUACAUUAUUCGUUCUGCCAAGUCCGGGAAUAAGAGUGCCAGGCACAGCCGUCACAAGGAUGCAGAUUCGUUGGAGCAACCUCUGCGUCUCGACCUCUCCUUUUCCGACAUUGGAGAUGACUGGGCCAUCACUCAGUAUUUCCUUGCUUCUCAACAAGCCCCCCCCGGGGAGAUGAUUCAACAUGCAUCCUCCCAAGAUUCAGCAGAAUCUGCACUUCCCCCUCUCCGAGUCAUUUACGAGCUGGCUGGCUCGCAAGGCUCGGUUGACGUUGAUGCGUCGCAGCCUCCUGAUUUGAUUCUCGACGAGGAAUUUGAGCUCCUCUCUGAUAGCGAAAUGCAGGACACGCCCCAGAGCUCUCAGCAGUCUGCUGCCGAUCCAUCAUCCGCUGCUUGGGUCAUGGUGGGCGACGACUUGUAG